AAUAAAAAAAGUAAAAGUUACAAAAGGUUAACAAAGAAUCUUUCUUUCUCAACAAGAAACGGAGCCAAUUUUACUUAUAAAUUUUUUUACCGAAUCUCUAGAUCUCCCAUUCUUGUUUUUCAACAGGCAAAAAUUUCCGAGACCCGUCUCCAAUUUUUUCCUUCAAUCUGCAUAUAUAUCAUUAUGAGUAAUCAACCUGAAUCUUCAGACUCUAGGGGUGCGAAGAGGGAUUUCAGUACGGCGAUAUUGGAAAGGAAAAAGGCGGCGAAUAGGCUCGUAGUGGACGAGGCCGUUAAUGAUGAUAAUUCCGUGGUUGCUCUGCACCCUGAUACUAUGGAAAAGCUUCAGCUUUUUCGCGGUGAUACCAUCUUAAUCAAGGGUAAGAAAAGAAAGGACACAGUUUGUAUUGCACUUGCUGAUGAUACUUGUGAUGAACCAAAGAUACGGAUGAAUAAGGUUGUGAGAAGCAACCUCAGGGUUAGGCUCGGAGAUGUGGUCUCUGUUCAUCAAUGUGCUGAUGUCAAGUAUGGGAAGCGUGUCCACAUUCUUCCUGUGGAUGACACCAUCGAAGGUGUUACUGGAAACCUGUUCGAUGCAUACUUAAAACGUAAGUUUCUAAAGCAUUUAAAUUUGUGCAUCUUGUUGAAGUCGUUUAGUCUAAUUAAUCAUUUCUUCUGUGUUCUUUCUGAUACUAUUUAUCCUUGACAUUGUGGUGAAUUA